AUGCACACGAUAGAAGCGCCACCCCACGUUAUUCUUGUUUGGCGACAUCAUAGUAUCUCCAGGCUUGCCAUCACAGCUAUAAUCAUUGCCGGUCGUGUGCGUUUCUUCCAUUUCGAAACCGCCACUCGUCGAAGCAGAGUGGUCAUGACUCUGUUCAAGCGCGUGCUCGCGGUGCCCGUUCGCAUCGAAGAUCCCCCCUCUUCCACCUCGUCUGACGAUACAACGUUCUCCGUGAGAUGUAGAAUUGCCCAAAGAAUCGGAUAUGUUGAACUGGGUGUACUCAAGAGCGAGAUGGAUAUUCUGCGGGUCGAGGUCUCCCCGAGGAAAGCAACUUUGACGCUUCGCAACGGUGACGGCCUCGUUGUCGCUGACGAUUCGGCCGCAAUCAACCGAUUCGUCCCCAUCUACGGAAUGUGUCUCAUUGCUGACGGUCAGGUUGUCGAACCCGAACUCGAACUCGUCUACCACGAAGGACAGAGGCCAUGCAAUUGA